UUUACAGUGUUUUAACUGCCGUAAUAAUUUCGCGUAUUUAGCGCCACGUUUCUUUAGCAUCACUGAGGCGGUGUGCUAACUACCUUAGCUAGAAACGCUAGAAUAAGUCAAACAUUUUAAAAGACGCUUUCGCCUGAUAUAUUUCUAAUAUUUGGGUUAUUUGGGCUGGUGGUGAUGUGCAUUUAUCCAUACAAAGCUCCGGGUUUGGAUUUCCAAAAACGCCUGUCAAACGGCUUCAUCCUCCCGGAGGGAAAAACGACCCCCAACACGCUGUUUGUGGGAGGAAUAGACAUGAAGGUUGAAGAAAAUGAGAUCCGGGAGUUUUUUGCUCGGUUCGGUUCCGUGAAGGAGGUUAAAAUCAUCACAUACCGCGGUGGGAUCUGCAAAGGUUACGGUUUUGUGUAUUUCAGUGAGGACGUCGACAUCCAGACUAUCAUUGAACAACAGGUUACUUUUAAAGGAAGGAAACUCAAACUGGGUCCUGCCAUCAUGAAGGAGAGAAGUUCCCGUGAGACAGGUUCGAUCCAAUCACCUAUUAUUGGUUCAUCCCAAUGGGUAAGCCCCUCCCCCUAUGUGUACUGUACCUGCUGCCCACCCAGCCUGGUUACACCCAAUGUGCUCAGUGGCAGUGCACAAUAUGUACAGCCAUAUUCUUACCCAGGUUUCAAGGAGAUGAUCCCUCAAGUGCCUAUGAAUUAUGCGCCGACAGCUUAUCCCUACCCGUAUUCCCUGCCACAGUGGUGUGCUGAACAGAGGUCAAGGGCUAUGAAUCAGGGUUUUGUGGACUGUGGUGUCCAGACGUUGCUGACACUUUUGUAGUCUAUUUCAGAUGGUGGGCCGUCUUUCUGGACCAGCAUUCAUGGAUACCGAGGCUGAUGCCUUCAUGAAAAUGACAUCUAACUGAAGGAAAGAACCUUUAGCAUUCUACCCCUGGUGUGACUGUGUUUGGGAACAAAGGUACCACUCUGGGUGACAUGAGUGUGAUGUCAAAUCAUGGUCAUGUGGUCAAACUUCUAAUGAAAGACUGCAUACUGUGUGUGUGUGUGUGUGUGUGUGUGUGUGUGUGUGUGUGUGGUUGAGUGAGAGAGAAAGACAGACUGGCUGACAGACGGAAUACAAUUUACACCAAAGUCAGUUUACAUGAAUAGUUUUUUUUCUCUACCUUUUGUAGAACCAAACCUUAAAAAGACACUUUUAAAAGCACAAAGGUAUUUGUUGUAUGUUUGAUUUCUUUUGCAUAUUUUAAUGUUUGCACCUCUUUUGCUCUCCAAAUGUUUUUUGGUCUGAAGGAGAGGUGACUGUUCUUGAGGCUUCUGUAAAUUGUUCGAGUUUAGUUCAGCAAAUUGACUUUAUUUGUUGCAUAAUCUUAUUCAUGCUGCCAAAGCUCUAUCAAUUAACUCUUCAAACAUCAUCUCUCACAUUAAUAACUGUCUUGUUUAUAUAUGUAUUUAUUUUGAACAAUUUGGGAUUCCAGUGUUUACUAUUUUGGACUUAUAGUAAUAGAUUAGGAAUUUUUUGGCUUAAUGUGGCUUUGCCUAUUUGAUGUUAUAAAUAAUUUUAGUUAUUUCAUUGGGUUGACUCUUAAUUUUAGAUCAAGAGGCCAGAAAAAUUAAUUACUUCAUUAAAUAAGAAUGACUGAAAAACUUUUAAAGUUGUUUCUAUAAAAAAUGGCUUUGUCACAAAAUGGGUGGCCAGUUUUAAUUCACUUAGUAAUAAUGGAAUAAUUCUUCACCUGUUCACUGGUUAAAUCUGAUGUUUGUUAAAUUUUAGUGUUUGCUGUGUUUUUUUUCUUUACUUCACUUUGGUAGUGGUGGUUUUCUUCACAAUUUACUUUAUUAAAAAACGAAACAAAAAAAAGAUAAGUGGUGGGAUUUGCACUUGUUUUCUUAUGUAACAGUUUGCAUGCUGAGUUUAAUAGUAGCUGUUAAGCUGUAGGUGUGAACACCAUUGUUAGCACACACCUUUGUGGAGUCUUUGGCAUCUGAUGGAUUUUUUCCUCUUGAGCAUCCCUUGGCCUCAUAAGAACUGUAGCCUCUGCUCUGAUUGAUGGCACUGGUCGAUCACUGUUCAGUUUUGUAUGUAUAAUAGAAUAACAAACGGUUUGGUGUCUUGUCUUGUUUAAAAAAAAAAUAAAGUUAUAGUUAAAUAAAA